AUGACCUCUGAUUUGCCUCAGGAUUUGUUUUUGGGCUUUGACUUGUCCACUCAACAGUUGAAGGUGAUUGUCACCGACACUGACUUGAAUGCUCACAAAACCUAUGCUGUGGGAUUCGAUGACUAUUUCAAAGAAAAGUACGGCAUCAAGAAAGGCGUUCUUACUGAUGAUGAGGAAGGUGAGAUUUUGUCUCCAGUAAAAAUGUGGUUGGAAGCUGUAGACACCGUGUUUGGACUCAUGAAGGAGGAUGGGUUUCCAUUCAAGAAUGUGAGAGGUAUGAGCGGCUCUGGAAUGCAGCAUGGAUCUGUUUACUGGUCAAAUGAUUCUCAUAGGGCUCUUGAGCACUUGGGUGACGCCCUGUCCUUGUUGGAAGGUUUAAAGGAUGCCUUUGCAGUUGAGACUUCGCCUAAUUGGCAAGAUCACUCUACUGGGCAAGAAAUCGAGGCAUUCGAGAAGGUUACAGAUGGUCCUGACCAUCUUGCAGAGAGAACCGGCUCAAGAGCUCACUAUAGAUUCACUGGCCUACAGAUUCGUAAAAUCGCUGUCAGGAAGGCGCCUGAUAUCUACAAGAAAACCAGUCGCAUCUCGUUGGUAUCGAGUUUUUUGGCCUCUGUGCUUUUGGGAAAAAUCGCCCCAAUCGAGCAUGCUGACGCCUGUGGCAUGAAUAUUUACAACAUAGCAAAGGGUCAGUACGAUGACGAGUUGACGGCUUUGGCUGCUGGGGUUCAUCCUUCAUUGGAUGGCGCCUCGGAUGAAGAAACUGCUGCGGGAGUCGAGGAACUCAAAAGGAAAUUAGGUCCUAUCGACGAUAUUACCUACGAAGCGAUGGGCACUGUCUCUCCCUACUUUGUCAAAAGGUACGGCUUCAGCGAAAAUGCCAAGGUCUACUCCUUCACGGGCGACAAUUUGGCCACCAUUAUUUCCUUGCCAGUAGAACAAAACGAUGUCUUGAUGUCACUUGGUACAUCUACGACAGUUCUUUUAGUGACAGAGCAAUUCAAUCCAUCGUCUCAAUAUCAUUUGUUCAAGCACCCCACUAUGAAGAAUGCGUACAUGGGCAUGAUUUGCUACUGUAAUGGUGCAUUGGCUAGAGAGUACGUCAGGAAUGAUGUGAAUGAGAAGUAUAAAUUAAACCACGAUACCUGGGACAAGUUUGACGAGAUUCUUGAUUCCUCCACAAGCUUUGACAACAAGCUCGGGAUCUACUUUCCCCUUGGCGAAAUUGUACCCAACGCCGCUGCUCAAUUCUUAAGAUGCGAGUUACUUUCCGAUAAGCUGAUCAAAGAGAUCGAGAAUUGGGACUGCGAUGAGGACGUCACGUCUAUUGUAGAGUCGCAGACAAUCUCAUGCCGUUUGCGAGCUGGGCCCAUGUUGAGCGGCUCUGCUGGCAAUGCGGGUCAUGUCCAGAACUCCGAUAACCAAAAGUUGAAAAAUCUUUACGGCAAGUUGCACGACGACUUCGGAGACUUGUACACUGAUGGUAAGAAACAGACUUUUAGUUCUCUAACUGCGAGACCUAAAAACCUUUUCUUUGUUGGUGGUGCCUCCAAAAAUACAAGCAUCGUGCGUAAAAUGGCUACGAUCAUGGGUGCAACUGAGGGAAACUUCCAAGUUGAAAUUCCAAAUGCUUGCGCUCUCGGAGGCGCUUACAAAGCUAGUUGGAGUCACGAAUGCGAGCAAAAGGGAUCAUGGUUAGAUUACAAUGAGUACAUCAAGAGAAAUUUUGACUUCAAAGAAGUUGAUAGCUUGAAAGUGGAAAGCAAAUGGGAAAAUUAUUUUCCUGCAAUGGGUCUUUUGGCGAAGAUGGAAGAGAGAUUGAAACACGACUAG